GUGUGCUAAUAACAUACAGAUCUCUCUGUUGCCUACUGCAUUGGAAAUGAUCCGAGCCAAGGCAGCUGCUGGAACUUGUCCAUUGAAGGGCAGGGUGCUGAAGUCGUCUGGACUGCAGUCAUGGUCUUCCUCUGACAUCGAAGACUCAUGUGAAGUACAAACGCUGGAACGAAGAGCAUGUCGCAAAUGCAGUGAAGGCAGUGGGCUACUCUGUUCGCCGUGCCGCAGAGGAGUAUGGUGUGCCGAAGUCCACCUUGAUCGGGUUUGCGGGAGACACCUGCCAGGGUUGAAGAGUGGGCCCGAAUUAAUCUGACGGAGAGGAGGGGAG